AUGCGCUUGGCACUAUAUCUAUGGCUGCUAACAAUAGAAGUGCAUGCAGCCGGCGAGUUUAGGACGAGAACUGCACGCGUGGUGGGUGGCCAGCGCAUUGAUGUGGAGCAACAGCCUCACAUGGUGAAUAUACGUCGUCGUGGUGAGUUUCGUUGCGGUGGCUCGCUGGUGACUCCACGCUGUGUGCUCACCGCUGCCCACUGUCUGGUGAAUGGCGCCGCAGAGAAUCCCUCGGAUUAUGUAGUGCGUGGUGGAGUCACUUAUCUGCGGGAUAUGCGCAAUGCACGCGUUGUCAGCAAGAUUCUGCUGCCGGCCAAAUAUAAUCCUUUGACAUUGGACAAUGAUGUGGCCUUGCUGCAGCUGCAGAAUCCGCUGCAGGCGCCGGAAGUGGCGCCCAUAAGCCUAGCACGCGAGGCUCCUCGGCCCGGCAGCUAUGUGCGCGUCUCUGGCUGGGGCCUCACUCACGAGCAGAGCACUCAGUUGCCCAAUCAGCUGCGCAGUGUGCAGGUGCAGGUGCUCAGUCAGCAUGGCUGCCAGCGUCUGUAUGCGGGCUACAGAAACAUCACCCAGAGCAUGUACUGCGCCAGCGUGCCGGGCAUUAAAGAUGCUUGCGAUGCUGACUCCGGUGGACCGGCGGUCAAUGCUGCCGGCCAGUUAGUGGGCGUUGUGUCCUGGGGCAAGGCGAAUCUGUGUGCUCGUCCGGAAAGUCCCGGUGUGUACACCAGUGUGGCGCAUCUUUACGAGUGGAUAGCCAACAAUAUGGAUAAAUAUUGCUACUAA